GGCAGACGAUCGGACUGUGUUAUUAUUUUUGGGUCUAGUUUUACAAUCAGACAGCUUCCUCUUUGGGUGGUGUUGAAAUGUUAAACCAAAGGUGCCAGAGCUGAAGAGAAUGUAUGUGACGUCCACCCGCUCACCUUGACGUCUCAUGGGCGUGCCACGUGUGUCAGCUAUUGAUUGUGCAUGAGAAAGUGGUGGAGAAUUGACAAAGCACACAGCCGAGAGCACUGGCUAGAUUUAUGACUGUUAAUGUUUGUUGUUGAACGUUUUACUUCGCCCAUCGGAAGCUAUGUUCCACAAAAAUGAAGACAGAGUCAUGAAGGAUCCAAGGAUUUCUUCAGGCAGACUUCCUUGCCAGCAAAUAUCUGCUCCUUUAGUCAGGGUGAAGAAGCCAGGCUCGCUUAUCAGAUGUUUCCACUUGCUGCAGACACACCUGGUGGUCAUCGUUGUCCUCUUAGCAGGGCAAGCCUCCUGCAACCAGACCACUACAACUCCUUCCCCUUUUACUGUUUCUACUACAGCUCCACAAAUAUCAGUAUACUACUUUGUUGACAUUACGGUGGAUGUCACUGGACAGAGCAAGAACGAAUCUGAAAUCAUUGCCUGGCUCAAGCAGGUUUUCAGCACCAAGCUGGAGAACUGCGUGCCUCCAAACCCUCCAGAAACUACUGCCACACCGACCUCCCCACAAACUACACCUGCAAGUACUGUCAGUGAGACAACACAAGUGGCCUCAUCAACACUGAACACUUACAACAGCACAACAACUGCAGUAACCACAUUACAGAGCAAUAGUACAGGUGCAACAUCCACGGCCUUAGAAAGCAACAGCACUACAGCAGCAACACCCACGGGAGGCAACAACUUCACAACCACUGCAACAACAUUACAAGGCAACGGGACAACUACAACAGCAACACCAACAGGAGGCAACUUCACAACCACUGCAACAACAUUACAAGGCAACGGGACAACUACAACAGCAACACCAACAGGAGGCAACUUCACAACCACUGCAACAACAUUACAAGGCAACGGGACAACUACAACAGCAACACCAACAGGAGGCAACUUCACAACCACUGCAACAACAUUACAAGGCAACAGGACAGACUACAACAGCAACACCAACAGGAGGCAACUUCACAACCACUGCAACAACAUUACAAGGCAACGGGAAACUACAACAGCAACACCAACAGGAGGCAACUUCACAACCACUGCAACAACAUUACAAGGCAACGGGACAACUACAACAGCAACACCAACAGGAGGCAACUUCACAACCACUGCAACAACAUUACAAGGCAACGGGACAACUACAACAGCAACACCAACAGGAGGCAACUUCACAACCACUGCAACAACAUUACAAGGCAACGGGACGACUACAACAGCAACACCAACAGGAGGCAACUUCACAACCACUGCAACAACAUUACAAGGCAACGGGACGACUACAACAGCAAUACCAACAGGAGGCAACUUCACAACCACUACAACAACAUUAGCAAGAAAAAGAAAACGGAAAAGAAGCUUGAUACGUGUAGCUCGGGACGUUAGUGGCAAUGGGACACAAAGCAGUUCGAACACUAAUGUCAUAAAUACAACGGGCCUAUUUCAAGGAAUGGAAGUGUCAUGCGUGACAAAAACUGAAAUAAGAAACACCACGUGCUCUGUGACGCUGAAGCUGAGUCAGGCGGUGUCUUCAUGUUGUAUCCUCCGCACUCUCUGCGCAGCCACUAACACUUCAUCUGAUUUUUACGUGCUGGGGAAAAAGGCAGAUAGAGUGGGUGAGCUUCAAAAUGUGUGCAAUAACAGCAGCACAGUAGAAAACAGCUGCAUUUACACUGGUCAAGACAACGCAGCAUGUAAUGAGUCUGCAGCUGCCUAUGUGGUUCCACCAAGUAAUUCAACUAACUGCAGUGCAGGCAACAUCACCACGAGCAACUGCAACUGCUCCGACUACUGCAGUGGAUCAGAUGCAUACUACACUUUUAACAUUUCCAUACAAGAUCCCAAUAUAAACUAUUUAAAUGUCACCAACCUGAUUUCUCAGCUGCGACCUUGCUCUCCAAGUGUAGAAGGUCUAUGUCCAGUGUCCAUUAAUGCAUCUGAGUACAAGAACGCAAACGUGGCAUGUGCAAGCACGUCAACAAACCUUCAAAGCUGUAGCGUGAUUCUGGCCUUUGCCCGUGAGGUCCCCGUCUGUGAUGUAGCAAAUGCUGUGGUGUAUCUGCUUCAGUCUAAGGAACAAAUCAGUUUCAGCGGGCAUGUGAUCCGAGCGGCAAUUUGUGGAAAUUUACAAGCCAAUGUCAGCCUGCAGUCUGAGUUCACAUGGGUCAGCACGGACAUAAAGCCUGCAGAUUUCUGUGCUGCAGCAAAGUCUAGCAGCCUCACUUGUCAAAAACAAAACAAUGUGGUUAUGCAGCUGCAGGACAGUUGUGAUCUUCAAAACGUGUCUACCACCACAACCAGCCCAAAUGUGACAACCGUGCAACCAAACAGCACUGCCACCAGCACCACCAACAACAGCACUGCCACUACCACCAGCUCUGCUAAUAGCACUACAAUUGCUGUAAAUGCAACUUCAAUGCCGCUGAAUACAACACAAGGAGUGAAUCUAACCACCACCACCAGUGCUGCUAAUGUCUCAGUGCCAGCAACAGUCAACACUACUACAACUACAGCUAUCACUACCGCUAAUAACUCAAGUACGGGUAACACAACUACAACCAAGUCUCCUACACUCACCGUUACUACAGCCACCACAAAUCCGAACACUUCUGUGACGACAACUGGAAGUACAACAACAAAUUCGUCAGCAGCUGAGGCCCAAGCCAACGCACUGCUUGACGAGACGAAAGACGUGUCCAAACUGAACUCCAGCCAGGUGAAUCAGCUGGUGUCUAAGCUGGAGGCUCUGUUAUCAGGCCCAAAUGUCAGCAUAGGGCUGGGGAACACAUCAGUCAACAUUGUCAGCAAUCUCCUGGGUGCUUCUCCAUCUGUGCUGUCACAGUCCUCCAACAGGAUAAUAGGGAUCGUUGAUACAGUGGGGCUCAAGCUGGUUGUUGGAGGGACGGCUCAGACCAUUUUGUCCCCGGCUGUUGCUCUGUCAGUGACACCAGCAGAUGGCGCCAACUUUCAGAAAACAACUUUUUCCAUCUCAAGCCCCACCAAUGUGGAGGUCCGUGGGAAUCCCAGACUGAGAAGGAGCGUGACAACAAACUCCUCGAUCCCUCAGGGCUCCGUCACGCUGCCUGCCUCUCUCACUCAGAAUCUCACAUCUCAGGAACAGCAGCAAGUCUCCAGACUUCAGUUCAAUUUCUACCAGAAGAGCACCGUAUUCCAGGACAAAUCCCUGGGAGUACGCAGGCUUAACAGCGGGAUCCUAGGAGCAAGUGUCGCCAACCUGUCAAUCACAGGACUCCGAGACAAUGUUAUAAUCACCCUAAAAAACCAAGAGCCUAUUCCGGCAAAUUUUGUGGCAACGUGUGUUUUCUGGGACUUUGCAUUAAAUGGUGGAUCGGGUGGCUGGAGUUCAAAUGGCUGUUCUGUCCAAAAUAGCACGGACAGUGAGACAAUUUGUGGCUGCAACCAUUUAACCAGUUUUGCCAUCCUGCUGGACCUCUCCAGGCAGCCUAUAACCAGUCGUGUCCAGAGCACCAUCCUUACCUUUAUCACAUACAUUGGCUGUGGAAUCUCUGCUAUCUUCCUGGCUGUCACCAUCCUCACCUACUUGGCCUUUGGCAAGUUGCGCAAAGACAUCCCAUCCAAAAUCCUGAUCCAGCUGUGCUUUGCGCUGCUCCUGCUGAAUCUGGUCUUCCUGGUGGACGCCUGGCUGGCGCUCUACCCAGACGCCGUGGGCCUUUGCAUUUCCACUGCCUGGUUCCUUCACUACUUCUUGCUAGCUGCCUUCACAUGGAUGGGUCUCGAGGCCGUCCACAUGUACGUGGCACUUGUGAAAGUCUUCAACGUCAAUGUAUCGCACUACAUGCUGAAGUUCUCGCUGGCUGGCUGGGGUAUCCCGAUGAUCGUGGUCAUUAUUGUCAUUGCAAUUGACAAAAACAACUACGGUCUCAUUUCCUAUGGAAGGUUUAGUGAUGGCACUACUGAUGAGUUCUGCUGGCUGAAAAAUGACAUCGCCUUCUACGUGGCAGUGGUGGCCUAUUUCUGCGUCAUUUUUAUAUUUAACUUCAUCAUGUUUAUUGUAGUUAUGGUCCAGCUGUGCCGGAUAAAAAAACAAAACCCUCAAAAUCUCCAGCACCGCAGCACACUGCAGGAUGUGCGCAGUGUGUUGGGGAUAACCAUCCUGCUAGGCCUCACAUGGGGCUUUGCCUUUUUUGCCUGGGGGCCCGUUAACCUGGCGUUCAUGUACCUCUUUGCCAUCUGUAACUCCCUGCAAGGUUUCUUUAUAUUCGUGUUCCACUGUGCAGUGAAGGAAACCGUGAGGAGGCAGUGGAGGAUCUAUCUGUGCUGCGGCAAAAUGAGACUAUCUGAGAACUCAGAAUGGAGUCGCACUGCAACACAGAAGACUGCAAAGAAGUCAUCGCUGACCAACAACACAUCUCUUCAUUCCAGUACCUCACGUGGCAAUAACUCUUCCAGCUCCUCUUUCCUCAACAGUGACAUUUCAGAACAGAGUGAUGGGAUCGGUAGCCCAUAUGCAGACAGAGUAAUCACAGCAGAUGAAGACUCAAAUAUGGAUGUGGUCCUCAACGAGAUCAACAUGCGGCACAGACACUCACAAACUUCUUGAUAGUGGAGGGACAAAGCCGCCUCUCUCAGCGCUCAUAUAUAUAUAUAUAUAUAUAUAUAUAUAUAUAAAGAGCGCUAUAUUUGUACAAUAUAAUGUAAAUUUCCCCUAUUGUAUUCUUACAGAUAUUCUGAACACUAAAGUAUUAUAUAUUAUUAAUAUUCAAAGUAAAUUAAUUUUACUAAUGUAACCCACUAAAUCUUUCACACAGACCUACAUUUCUAAUAAAAAAAAUUAAGUUAAUAACAAAGAUUUCACUUUUAAAACAGUGUUGAAAUGUAUGCAUGCUUACAUAAUUGCUCUAAUGGUCUAACAAACAAAUUUAAAAGCACCUAAAGUAAAGUAAGAUGUUUUGAUGUGUCACAGCAGGGGAAGCAAAGCUGUAUUAAUCAUGCUGCAUUUCCAGUUAGUGUCCAAGAGAGCCGUGACAAUGUAAACAGCAUGCACUUAAGCAGGAUGUCUGGAAAAGCCAUUGGAGCGUUUACCCUUGAUACAAGACUUUAGAUUCUGACUGAUCGGACAUUUGGUGGCACACAUACUGUCUUUUACAUUCAAGGGAAAUUAAAGUUUUCACUGGUCUCUAUUGCAGUGCUGUAAAAAGUCCAACCUUACUGCUUCCAAAGAAACUAAUAGGGCAAAUAUCAGCCAAAUGCACUUGAUUAACUGGUCAUCAGAAAGUUUGAGCACCUCCAUUAAAGCAGAAGCUAGGUCUCUGCUGGUGGGGCAAAAACACUCGACUCUACAGGCGUUGGUAUGUUCAGGUAAUGACAGUACAGUUAGAAAAAAGUCUGAACCAGUAUGACUUGUUUGGAAGAGUUCCUGAGAGGAAGUGUGAUCUCUAGAAAAAGAAUACAGCAACACAGCUUAGGUUUGCAAAGUUGCAUCUGGGGGAAAAAACAAAAAACCCCACAAGAUAUGUCCUUUGGUGCUAAUACGCCGUGUUUGGUUUUCACCAGAGAUGGCACCGUGUAUUAUGGCCAAAUACCUCAUACCAUUGUCAAGUACGGUGUUGGAAGGGUGAUGAUUUGGGCUUGUUUUGCAGCCACAGUACCUUUGAAUCAACUAUGAUAUCCUCUGGCAUAUGUUCAGGACAAUAGAAUAGAAUACAGCAGAAUAAUGAAUUGAAAUCUAAUCUAAGGAAGUAUUCACCAACAGCAAAGAUGGUAGUAGAAGUAAAAGUUCCCUGGAGGGACCUCCCAAUGUCAGACCAUGCAAUACUCAAACUGUGAGAAACUUAAAACAAAACGGACUCUACAGGCCUCAGCCUGUUAAAUGCUAAAGACUGAACAAGUAUGGCUUGUUUGGAAACAUUGCUAGCAGAAAACUUUCUCCGUAAAAAGAAUAUAGCCGCACAUGUUAGGUUUGCAAAGUUGCAUUUGAAUGAGUAAUAAGAGUUCUGGAAUAACAAUUCUGUAUACAGUACCAGAGUACUCUGGAGUCAAACUGAUAAACAUCACUAGUUAACUACUGGGUUAAAUGGUACACCAAUUAAAUUAAACCAGUUGGUAGUUUACCAGAGUUUUCAUAACACACCACCACUAGUAUGGCAUCUGUGUAAACUAGUGGAAAAGUGGCAAAUGGCGCCAGAAGACUAGUACAAAAGGAAUUCAAGCUAGCGUUAAGCACUAACAAAGAACAAAAUAUGCGAGGAAACUAAAACCUGAUGUGAAAGUACAGAAUAAAUAUUGAAUUUCUCUUAUUUGGACAGAUUUUGUUGGAAGCAGCACUGAAUACAACAGUCAUGUAGCUUCAGCCAGAGUCUGUAAUCAUUUGUUUUUUUAGUGCAAGAGUAGUCAAAUCACUUUUAAGAAACAAGACUUGAGAAGUGAUGAAAGUAAGGAUGGUUAAUCUUAUAGCCUCAUGUCACAGAAUGAGAAACCCAACACAUUCUAAGCAAAUGCAAGAGCUGCUGCUGCAGUUUGACAUUUUUAAACCUCUGCCUUAUUUUUUUUUAGAUUUGAUUAGUUAAGCUUUAAGAUUUUGGCUGACAAACUGGUACUUUAAGUUUUGGACAAAUAUUAGUUCUUACGAGGAAAAACAGUCACGUUUCCUGUCUCUUGCAUUUUUCUUAAGAUAACAGUGAUCAAGAGGAAUGAGUCAAACACCACAGGUAUGUUCCCCCCAAAAACAGUUUAAUCAUAGAUGGUCAAAAUCAUCUCAAGCAGGAAAGGACAGCAUUUAAUGAAAUAACGAAUAAAUAAAUGUCCCACAGGGUAGAUCAAAUGUGCAUUGUACUGUAUAUGCAAGCUACAUUCACCGUUCUUUACGUGCACCUAAUACAGUCUUAACAAAAACUUUAUCAGGAAAAAACAAAAAGGUGCCGAUAAAACAUGACAAAACAGCACAAGCAGAGGUGGUGGUAACUUUGGAGAAAUAGUUUCCCUUUUAAAACACUUUGAUUUAAGCCCCUCAGUCCCGCUGGGCGUGACCACCUUAAUACAACCUGAAAGAAAUCACAUUUGAAAGGCAGCAACAAAAAUGAAGCAUAAAAGUGACACUUUGGGUAUGCUGCACCUGUGCACUGGCUCACGCAGAGGCACGUUCAUUCAACUUCAUAACUCAAGAUUACAGAAAAUGAGUACAUAUGUAUGGGAAAUGAGUUACUCCACAUUAUCAGUGUAUAAAAAUCAGUGUUCCAACAGCUCCUUCAGAGCACAUGCAAGUGGACAUUUAUAAGAAGAAAAAAAAAAAAACCUCAAGUAACAAACAAUACAACUGACAAGUUGUAAAAUUAAAAGAA